CCUUUAAAAAAGGAGAAACAAAGCGAUGCUUCUGCAUUUCACACCCUGUGUCUGGGUUUCACUGAAGGCCAUUUGCUUUAGACUUGAAGAACCGCAGGGAAUCGGAGCAACCUCUGCAGGAUGAUAAGCAGCAACGCUUACUCUAUGACGGCAGAUGGAAAUCCCCCAAAAACGGGCCCGUGGACCAUUUUUGCAAGGAACUGAACAGUAAGGUCUGUGAGCAAAGCUACCUGGUAACCAGCACCCCCUUCCUCCGCAACACAGCCCCGAGAGAUGCAUCUCAGCCUCCUCCUGCAGCUGCUCAGAGCCCAGCGCUGCCAAGGCAUUGCACAGUCCUCCGAGGAGCACAGGGUGCCAUGGGGUAGCGGCAGGGCCCUCAUCCCUCUCCACCUUCUCCCAAGUUUGUGUGGCAGGGCCUACCUGGAGGCUCAAGCUGUACACGAGGGUUUGACGUGGCAAUUCUGGGGAAACCCUUGGACAAAAGCUGCCUGCAAGUGCCGGGAGCUGGACUCAACGGCCCGAGAGGCCCCUGCCAGUCCUGUGUUCCUGACAGCAGGGUCCCUGCCACGGGCGGUGGAGCGGCUGGUCCAUGCAGAGGGUAAGUGGCAGCUGCAGUACAGCUGAAGCAGUGACUCUUGUUAUCCGUCUGGCCAAUGUCACGUGGGCUGAAAUUCUUCCCAUGCCACCAAACCUCGGUGCUGGAUACUGGCAGGCGGGGAGCAAGGGGGGUGCUGACUUGUCUGAUAUGGCAAGAAUGCCGUGAGCAGAUGGAAGCUGAUCCCUGUCAGCAGCGGGCUGGUCUCUGCCCUCCUCUGCUGCCCUUCCCCCAUCUAUUGUAAUCAUCCUCCCAAGCCACAUGGGGACAUGGCUGGUAGGGCGGGAUAAGCAUUUGGGGAGGGAAGAAGAAGUUUGCUGCAGCCCAGUGGAAACCCUCUCUCCUCCCAGCUUGGAUGCCAGCACAGCGCAAUGGUAGAUCCUCCGGGCAAGAGAUGCAGAGACGCUGCAUGAUCCCAGUGUGGCUGGGCAGGUAGAGUGGUUUGAGCACAAGGAUCUUCUAAGCAUCCAUUAACUAACUGCUUUCCUUUUGUGGCUGGGGCAGGAUCCUCCUCUCCGGGGCUUUCACCCAGGGCAGGUUGGAGGGUGUCCUUGGUGCUUUGGAUAUCAUGCAUCAUCACUGAGGUGAGGGUUCAAAGCGGAGACAUGGCAGAGACCUUAGGAAGGGGGUGCCUGUGAGUACAGGGGACAGAUGCAUUGGAGCAGGAGGCCCUUCCCAGUGCUGUGCUUCUCCGACCAGGAGGCAGCGAUCCUCAGCUCUUAGCUCCAUCACUGAUUUGUCUGAGUGUGUCAUCGGUUAAUGGCUCCAUGUCAGCUUGUCUAUAACUAGGUCUGCAUCUCCUCCCUCCAUGGGGCUCUUUGGCUCCUUAAUUAAUUCUUAUUAAGCACUUGGAGAGCCUCAGAGAGAAGGUGCAAAAGAAGUGUGAAGUUGUGUUGUCGCUGAGGAGGCCCCACAUGCUUUAAGCUCUCCUGCGCACUCGGGCAAGACUGUUCAAGGUAGACGCAUGCCGGGCUCUCCUGGAUGUCUGUGGGAGCAGAGCAUCUAUGUGCCUCUACAAGCCUGUGCCUUUAUGUCUUAGCUUUUGUUUGGAUAGAUGACACCUGCACCCACAAAUGUGGAUGCACAAGAAGUGCCUGGCACCCGUUAUCCAUGCUCUGAGAGAUUCAAAACCCUUUACAAACACAAGCAGUUCACACCGUCCAGAUAUGGGGAAACCGAGGCAGAGAAAACCUUCUUGUGUUACCCUCAGUAGUGGACCUGAUGAAAAGGAGUCCUCUCCAGCAGGCUCAGCCUGGUUUGGUGGCGGUUGAGGGAGGGAUGGGGGGACAUCCAUGCAGGAACCCCUGUCCCUUUCCUCCCCAAGUGGUGCCAGACUCAGGGCAGAGCCAGCGAGCUGUCUCUCACAGGUUGAAUGACAAGGGCUCUGGUCCCAAAAGCCAUGAGAUCCAUAGAGAUGGGGCCCAGGCACCACUGGAGAAGGAGAGAGCUACGAAGUGCAGCAGUGGGGUGCGUGGCCUCCCUGUCAACCCAGUGAGAAGCAUGUCUGUGGGAAGCAGCAUGUCUUGUGGCCAAGGACCAAGGUCUUGUUGCAAGCCGUGGAUUGGGGGCCACCCAUCUGGAGGCAGCCACUGGAGUUAGGCGAAUGCUAAACUGGUAUGAGAAUAGAAGCAGCCUCAUACGUCAGUCCACGCUUGCUCCUCGGCCAACCUCAGGAUCCCUUUCCUGAUGGCACAUGGCUUCCCUGGCAGCGGUGUACCAAACCCUGUUGCUGCACUGGUCAGCCCCGCUGGCUCCAGGGCUCUUUGAAGCCCAUGCACUGUAGGUCCUCACCGUGCCCCGUUCUGCACUUGGUACAGCCUGCAUUGCAACCCACGCAGGUGACUGGGGUACGUAGGCCCAGGCUGUCAUGGGCUGUGAACAGCAUCAGAUAAUUCUGGCUGACACAGUACAAAUGCAUGCUGUAUUUAGGCCAGGCUCAGCGCUGGGGCAGGGGAGGGGAAUUCAUUAGCAAUCCCAUGUCUCCCUAGUCAGAAGGCAGGUGCUGCUGCUGGCAGGGUCUGGAGGCUGGAGGGCGAAUGAAAUGGUUGCUGCGGCAGUGUGUGUGCGAGUAUGGGAGCAGGAGUAUCCAACAGGGACUAUUAACCCAAGGAGGGAGGGAGGUACUGGGGGCACCCAAACGGCAGCACCAAAGGAGAACUCGUGGCAUAAAACUACAUAAAAGGGAAACCUGACCUGGGGUCCUCAUCACUUGAGACCUUACAAGCCAGGCUGCACAGAGACCACAGGGAACCUUUCCCUGGCAAAGAGAGGAGCUGGAUGGGCGCUUCCCAGCUUUGAUUCCUGCCUUAAACUGGUUUGAAGCAUCACAGUGAAGAACUACAUUUCCCAGCUGUCUCUGCAGCCCUGGGGAAUAAGCAAUUGGAAGUUUUAAAUAGACUAGGCCAGAAGCAACCAACCUUCGGCACAUAGCAUUCCCCUCCUCUCCUCAUUAUCCAUUGGCUGUUUAACCUUUAUUUCUGGUGCUGGAGUGGCUGCUCAGCCUGGCAUUAAUUUUUUCCCCAAGCUUGCUAGGCCCAUGAAGUAAACAGCCAUGUGCAUUCCUUACUCUAUAUUUAACAGCUGCAGUCUGUGCUGGGGGAGACAGCAUGAGAAGGGGCUUUUUGUAGCUGCCCAAAUUCAUCUUUCUUGAGGGAAGGGAGGGGGGAGUGGAUUGGGAGGGGAAAGAGGGAUUUCUCUCCCCUGUUCGGUUUUCGAGAGCAGGCUUCAGCUCCAGAGACUGCAAUGCCAGCCUCCCAAAGCCGGUCCAGAGCCAGAGACAGGAACAAUGUCCUCAACAGAGCCGAGUUCCUCUCGCUGAACCAGCCCUUGAAAGGCAACCAGGAGGCCAGGGGCUCCAGCCGAAAGCCGAACAGCCAGCCGGGCCCGGCUCCCUCCCAGAACAACGGCACCAAGGAGCGGAGGCAGUCGCAGCAGCUGCCCGAGGAGGACUGCAUUCAGCUCAACCCCUCCUUCAAGGGGAUCGCCUUCAACUCCCUGCUGGCCAUUGACAUCUGCAUGUCCAAGCGCCUGGGCGUGUGCGCCAGCAAAGCCUCGUCCUGGGGCAGCGCCCGCUCCAUGAUCAACCUCAUCGGGAUCACGGGGCACGGGAUCCCCUGGAUCGGGGGCACGCUCAUCUGCCUGGUGAAGAGCAGCACGCUGGCUGGCCAGGAGGUGCUCAUGAACCUGCUGCUAGCCUUGCUCCUGGACGUCAUGAUUGUGGCUGGCCUGCAGAAGCUGGCCAAACGGAAAGGCCCGUACGACAUCAAUCCCGGCUUCUUGGACUACCUGACCAUGGACGUCUACGCGUUCCCCGCCGGCCACGCCAGUCGCGCCGCCAUGGUGUCCAAGUUCUUCCUCAACCACCUGGUCUUGGCCAUCCCCCUCCGGAUCCUGCUGGUUGUCUGGGCCUUCUGUGUGGGGCUUUCCCGUGUCAUGAUCGGACGGCACCACAUCACGGACGUCCUGUGUGGCUUUGUCUUCGGGUACUUGCAGUUCAGGCUGGUGGAGUUGAUAUGGAUGUCUUCCAACACAUGUCAGAUGUUGAUAUCCAUCUGGUGAGCACGGCAGGCCGGAUGCUUUGACGCUGGAAGCAAGCGGACACGUUAUCUUUCUCUCUCAUUAUUUUUUAUAUGUUACUGUCCGUGUUGGGUUAGAAACAAAUGCACUUCCAUGAGUAGCGGUAUUUUUUAAUGUUACUUCCCUGCCUGAAAAAAACCCAACGCUGUUUCUUGCAACUGUUUGGGUUUCAGUAGUCCAGGGCCGUCGCCAUGUUCUGGCCGUUUCCUGAAGUCCUAUUUGAAUGGCAACCAAAUUAAGCUUUAAAGGUAGCACAAGUGAGCACUAUUUGGACAGUGCACUUCUGAUGCCUUGGUGUGUCCCCAGGAUGCACAACACCUGUUAUCCCCUCAAGGAUGCUUAAUUAGCUUCUUGGAGGCUAAGUGUUUUUGGCAAGAGCAUCACAGCGCUUUCUCUUCCCAUAAGCCCAGCCAUUGUGUCUUGUACAGAGCCAGAGAUGCUGCUGGACUUCCCAGAUAAUAACACUUCUGCCAUGUUUGUUCCUUAUCAUAACCAGGGAGUCUCCCAAGGGGUGGUGGAAGCCCUAUUGCUCGGGACAUUUAAGUGCAGACUGGACGGUGCCAUGCAGGGAUCAAUCCUGCACAGGCUCUUGGGAGAUGGGACUUGUGGACCCAAUACCAUUGAGCACUUAAGCUCAUGCUUUAUUUUGAGCAUGUGUUUAAAUCCUAUUGACUCCGGUAAGACAUAGGGAUGGGCUGAAGUGAUACACAUAAUAGGGAUGAAGGACUUACGCAUAUGCUUAAAGGUAAGCAGCUGCUAGAUGGUUUGUUGAAUUAGCUAUUGAAAAUCCUGCUCAGCCAGGGUGACUGUCGUUUUGCUUUUGUUUCUUGGAAGGAGAAAUAAAAUACUCACGUUUCCCUCCUGGCAA